GGCUAACUUUAUAUUUUAUUGCUGCGUUAUUUUUGUCGCAGUGUAGUGCAACAAUUAAAAGCGCAGCACACCAAAAAAACCGAAGGCACCCGAAGCCGCUAUGGCGUCUGGCCAGCGCGCGUUUGUUCAGAAACUGAGCAAACAAGCGAACGCGGAUGUCAGACGCCAGAUUGCGAGUACUGCAGCGGAGAGAGAUUUCGCUCAUGGAUUUGGCGGAACACAAGGCAGUGUUCCUCUCACUGAUGUUGUUGAGCCACUAGACUUUGAGGAGUUCCUUCAACAGCAUCAGGAUUUGUCUGAUCGUGAUGCCAUCAGUGACUUGCUAGACUUUCCCCCUGAUGAUGUAGAAGUUGGUAUCCUGCCGAGAAAAUGUCGAACCAUAGAGCCCAUUGUGCCAGAGGAGAACCCGGAAGACCUGGACUUCCACAUGAGGCAAUGCCUGCACACCUACACCUCUGACUGGGUAGUGGUGAGUCGGUGCUACCAGGGCCACAGCUCCAGCGUCAUCGUCAGGGAGGCUGCACUGGAGAGGGCAGCUGUUGUGCGCACCACACAGAAGCAGGAGUUCGAGGUGGACGUUUGUGACGAGUUAUCUCGCCAUUCACAGCAGCCCUCUCUCUCUCAGGGAGAAGACGUUCCGCCCUCGCCAGCAGACAGCAUUUCCUCUGUGGAGUUCCGGUGUGCCAGUGCAGCUGAGACUCCGCGUGGAAGUUGGGCCAGCAGCGUCUUCGACCUGCGCAAUUCGGCGGCCGAUCCACUGGUGCCAUCCCUGCUUGAACGCACGCCUCCAGAAGAAUUGGAUCACCGGAAUGCGGCUCAGCGUCUCGAAAGGCGUCACGAUGCCCUGUUUGAGCUGUACCCCCUCCAGGAUGAGGAGGAAAUCAUUGAAAGGCGGAUGCCUGCUGAGCCACCACGUGAACACAUGGCUCACCGAAUUCUGGUUCGAUGCCUGGCUCUCAAACUUGAGCUGGAGGUUGAGCCAAUCUUUGGAAGCAUGGCCAUUUAUGAUGCCAAAGAGAAAAAGAAGGUUUCGGAGAACUUUUACUUCGACAUGAACUCUGAACCUAUGAAGAGGAUGCUCUCUGACCACAUUCCUUACCACGACAUCUCGACGCUUUGUCGAUCUUGCAUCUUCAACAUCACAUACCCAUCACCUGACCUGUUUCUAGUCAUCAAACUUGAGAAAGUUCUACAGGGAGACAUCAACGAAUGUGCAGAGCCUUACAUGAAGGAUGAGAAGAACAAGGACAAGGUUCGUGCCAAUGCUCUGGCAACAUGCAAGCGCCUGGGCAAGUACCGCAUGCCCUUUGCGUGGACAGCAGUCUACCUGCUCAAUGUGCUGACAGGGGUCAACAGCCUCGACAAGGACAGUGGCAGCGAUCGAGAUAGCAUUGGCUCAAAUAACACCCUAGGUCGACGUGGCUCUCUGGAACGACGGGCUGGAUCCGAGAAGCGUCGCAGCUGGUCUCCGGAUGACUUUGCUAACAGCCUUGACACUUUUCGCCCGGUUACCCUCACUGUGUCAAGCUUUUUCAAGCAGGAAAGUGACAGACUGAGAGAUGAAGAUCUGUACAAGUUCCUUGUGGACCUCAAGCGGUCAGGCUCAAUGCUGAAAAGACUCAAAAGCAUUCCAGGCACACUGCGCCUGGACAUAUCCCCGUGUGCGGAGGAAGUACGGUACUGCCUAAGCCCAGAGUUGGCGCGUCUUCAUCCAUACCCGGACGAGAAAGGCCGCCCAACGAAGGAGAUGCUCGAGUUUCCCUUGCGCGAUGUCCUCAGGCCAGAGUACAUCUACCGAAACCUUCUCUACAUCUACCCUCGCUCACUCAACUUUGCCGGCCGGCCAGGCUCAGCGCGCAACAUUGCUUGCCGCGUGCAGCUCCUCUGUGGAGAGGACGAGGUUACCUGCGCUCUUCCUGUGCUUUUUGGUAAAUCAAGCUGUCCUGAAUUUGUCACCGAAGUCUACACCACGGUGACAUACCACAACAAGUCUCCUGACUUCCAUGACGAGGUCAAGGUGAAAUUGCCGGCCAAGCUCACAGACAGACAUCACCUGUUCUUCACAUUCUACCACAUAAGCUGUCAACGCAAAGUGGAGCAGACCACGCCAACUGAAACUCCUAUUGGCUACACUUGGUUGCCGCUGUACCAUGAUGGGCAGCUGCAAACGGGAGACCAGUUGCUGCCAGUGAUGCUGGAGCACCCUCCAGCAAGCUACUCCUUCCUUACUCCUAGCGUCCAGAUUCCCAACACCAAGUGGGUCGACGGCCACAAGGGGCUCUUUGACAUUUCCUUACAGCCAGUCUCCACUGUCCAUCCUCAGGAUGAGCACCUAGACCGGUUCUUCCAGCUCUGCACUGCUGUCGAGUGCGGCCACGUGCCACAGCGUCUUCUCAAUGGCGAGACGGCAGAGACCAUGCUACGGGCUAGCCUUAUGGAGCUCGUGAAAUGCAAGCCGGGCCCGCUUGUCCGUUUCCUGCCAACCAUUCUGGAUGCACUCGUACGGCUUCUUGUGCAGCCGCCUCGGCUUGGGGGCCAGCCAUUCAACCUUGGGCAGGCUGCGUUCCAAGCACUGGCUGCUGUGGCUGAUUCAGUGGUGAAACUUUUGGAUGAUCGCAAUGACAUUCAUGGACGGAAUGCCCUGCUGGCCACCUACAUCCAGUACCAGUGCACCUUGCCCCAUCCCGAGCCAUACCUGCCGUCACCUUCCAAUGACGGACCGUCACCUCCAUUUCCUGGAUCUGUAUGCAGCCCAGCUGGGCAUCCAGCAUGUUCUGUGCCUCUGUCGAAAUCUCCCCAUGGUCGCAGCAGCAGCAACCCAGACCUUGCAAGCUCGAGUGCUUCGAGCCUGGCACACAUUGAGUCAGACUCGGACGUCAGCACAGUUGUGGCACGGCCCCUAGACCGCACGGCCAGCAUGCGACCCGCCAACGGGACGGCCUCAUCACCCCUGAGGUCACCUCCGCCACGGAAGUUGGUGCACGAGGAGCUCGUUCUCCAGUGGGUGGUGUCCAGCGGAACUGCUCGAGAACUGGCACUCAACAACACAUGGUUCCUGUUGGAGCUGGUGAUCAAGAGCAUGACUCAGCACCUUGCUGCCACGGGCCGACUUCAGGCACCACGCAGGGCGAGAUUCAGCAGUCGCUUUGUGGACGAUGUCACGACCUUGGUGACCUCACUGACAUCUGACGUUAUUAGCCGCUGCCACCGAGAGGUGCGGGAUUUCCGGAACGUCCAGAACCUUAACAACAGCCUGGCCUUCUUCCUACACGACCUGCUGUCUGUCAUGGACCGUGGAUAUGUCUUCAAGCUGAUCAAGGCCUUCUGCAAGCAAGUCUCAGCCAAGAUCCAGUCUCUGCCUGAUGCAAGCAGCCUGGCAUCAUUGAAGCUUGACUUCUUGCGUGUGCUGUGCAGUCACGAGCACUUUGUGACCCUCAACCUGCCCUUUGCAACCCCGCUGACCCCUUCACCAGCGACGUCUCCUUGCCCAAGCAUUGCAUCAUCCCAGGGCUCUGUGGUGUCCAGCUCUACUCUCACAGACCGGGGCAGCGCCUUUGCUGAGCUGUCACCUGAAUUUCGGCAGCAACAUUUUCUUGUGGGCCUGGUUCUGGCUGACCUUGCAACUACCUUGCAAACCAGCAACUCACACCUACAGGCCAAGGCUGUCAACAUGGCUCGAAACCUGCUGACAGUGCAUGAUUGGGAUCCACGUUUUACCGACCUGGACGUUGUCCGACCAAGGGUUGCUGCCCUUUACUUGCCUCUAAUUGCCGUAGUGGUGGAUGCUCUACCAUGUCUGUUUGAAUGGCAGCCUGAAGCAAGAGUUCGUAUUGCAGAAAGUACAGAACCAAAUUCCAAGCACCGUCCGCCGUCCAUUCAUCAAGCAGUUGCCAAUGCAAUUGCUGGUUCAUCUGUGCCUUGGCGGGAUAGCCCUGAACAUGGAAAUGCCUAUGCUCAGGGCCAGCAGAGCCAGCUGAAGGAAGAGGCCACCAGGCACCUCUUGGUCUGUUUCCUGUGGGUGCUCAAGAAUGCCGACCAGCGCACGCUGCGCCAGUGGUGGGCCGACUGGCCUCUUCACCGCCUGCAGCGCCUGCUCGACGUCCUCUACAUCUGCGUCUCCUGCUUCGAGUACAAGGGAAAGAAGACAAUGCGCAAGUUUGCCCAGCAGACACUGAGGAAGACAUCGGACAUCAAGUCCAAGCUAGAAGAUGCCAUCCUGGGCCACUCUAGUGCACGCAGUGAGAUGAUGAUGCGACGCCGUGGAAACAAUGCUGGGGUGGUUGGAGGAGAACGUAGCGGCACACCACAGACACCAGCACAGGGUGACCGGCUGAGGUGGCGCAAGGACCUAACACAGUGGCGUCACGGCUCAGAAAAUUAUGACAGACCGAAGGUUGAAGUUGAAAUGGAGGCCCACAUUGAAGGGAACCUGUCCACUGAAGCGACAGCAACAAUCCUUGACGUGCUUGAACUGAUCAUACAGGUGGUAUCUCAGUCGGAUGCACAACAAAGCGUGCUGGGCACCGUGCUGCGUGUCCUUUUGCAUGCCCUGGACUGCAACCAGAGCACUCUGGUGCUUCAGAACCUGUUUGCUACGCAACGAUCACUUGUCUUCAAGUUUCCUGAGCUUCUGUUUGAGGAAGAGACGGAGCAGUGUGCUGACCUAUGCCUGCUUCUCCUGCGGCAUUGCAGCUCCUGCAUCAGCAGCGUGCGAUCCCAGGCCUCCGCCUCACUCUACCUCCUGAUGCGCCAGAACUUUGAGAUUGGAAAUAACUUUGCAAGAGUCAAGAUGCAAGUGACAAUGUCACUGAGCUCGCUUGUUGGGACAAGCCAGACAUUCAACGAGGAAUUUCUGCGCAAGUCACUCAAGACUAUCCUAGUCUAUGCCGAAGAAGAUGUGGAACUCCAGGAGACUACAUUCCCAGAGCAGGUUCGGGACCUGGUGUUCAAUCUGCACAUGAUACUGUCGGACACGGUGAAGAUGAAGGAGUUUCAAGAAGACCCUGAGAUGCUGCUUGACCUUAUGUACCGCAUCGCGAAAGGCUACCAGAACUCGCCCGACCUGCGACUCACCUGGCUUGCAAACAUGGCACAGAAGCACACAGAGAGGGGUAACCACACUGAGGCAGCACAGUGCCUCGUUCACUCAGCAGCUUUAGUAGCUGAGUACUUGCACAUGCUGGAGUACAAGCCACACCUGCCCAUAGGAUGUGUUUCCUUCGAGAAUGUGUCUCAAAACAUUCUGGAAGAGAGUGCAGUGUCGGAUGACGUGUUGUCCCCAGACGAAGAAGGCAUAUGCACUGGGAAAUACUUCACUGAGAAUGGGCUUGUCGGUCUGCUGGAGCAGGCAGCCAACUCAUUUUCCUUGGCCGGUAUGUACGAAGCAACAAAUGAGGUGUACAAGAUCCUAAUACCCAUUGCUGAGGCACAACGAGACUACAAGAAGCUUGCCAACAUUCAUAACAAGCUUCAUGAAGCUUUCACCAAAGUUGACCAGCAGGCUGGCAAGAGAGUCUUUGGCACAUAUUUUCGUGUUGGGUUCUAUGGCCCACGGUUUGGAGACUUGGAUGGGGAGGAGUUCAUCUACAAGGAACCUCUGACCAAACUGCCAGAAAUUUCGCACAGACUAGAGAACUUCUACUCAGAACGGUUUGGCUCCGACUAUGUGGAGGUCAUCAAGGAUUCAAACAUGGUGGAUGUUUCAAGGCUUCAUCCAGAAAAAGCGUACAUCCAGAUAACCUAUGUGGAGCCCUAUUUUGACAUGUAUGAAUUGCGAGAGCGGGUGACACACUUUGACAAGAACUACAACAUCAGGCGCUUCGUCUAUGCCACACCUUUCACAACUGACGGUCGAGCCCACGGUGACCUCCACGAGCAGUUCAAACGGAAAACUAUUGUAACCACAGCAAAUUCUUUUCCAUAUGUAAAAACGCGCAUCCAGGUCAUUGAGAGGACACAGAUUGUCCUUCGGCCAAUUGAAGUGGCCAUUGAGGACAUCCAGAAGAAGACAGCCGAGCUAUCGCGGGCGACACGGCAGGAGCCGGCUGACCCCAAAAUCCUGCAGAUGGUGCUGCAGGGUUGCAUGGGCACUACCGUCAACCAGGGGCCUCUCGAGGUGGCUCUUGUCUUCCUCGCUGACUUGCUCGACCCUUCACGUGCCCCCACACCACCACAGCACAAACUAAGACUCUGCUUCCGUGACUUCAGCCGCAGGUGCUUUGAGGCAUUGCGUAAGAACAGGACCCUCAUUGGACCUGACCAGCGGGACUACCAGAAGGAACUGGAGCGCAACUACAAUCGUUUCAGUGAACGGCUGCAACCCAUGAUACGGAACAACAGUGCCUCUCCAUUUUGGGCAAAAGGAAACUUGCUGCGGCAGCCAUUGCAAGAGCCCUGAUGUGCCGCAGGUGAUGUUGUAAACAAGUAACAUAUGACAGUGAUGUCAGCCUAGGUUUUACUUUAGCCAUUGAGAGCAUUUUGCCAAAGCCAUUCAGGAGCCAAUAGCGCAGUGUUUUUUAAAUAGCUCCAACCACGAUCUAUUUUCAAAGCAACUGAUUGGGUGAAAUUUGAGUGCUUCUCAUGUGCCUACAUUUUUGAGCAUGUAAGGAUGUGCAGUGAGGUGUGUGCCUUGUGAAAUGUUGUUUCAUUUGUGCAUCUAUGCAGUUCAAGUUUCAUUACUACCAUUGUGCAGUAUUUCCUGUGAUCUCUUUUAAGUAACCAAAUGAAGUCGUAGAAAUACAUAUGCUUUAAUUUCAGUGAGCAUAACUGCUCACAUAAUGGUUCUUUCAUUUGCAUAGAGGCGGUCAUGCUGAGCCGUGCGGUUUCAUUUGUUUACAAGUUUGCUUUAAUGCUCAUUUUUAAUUUAUAGCAGCAAUUGUCCUUAAUUUUGCAUUUCACAUUCUUUAGCUUUGUUUGGGACCACUGGGUGUACUACUUAAAGAAAUCAACUAAGCACAAGUUCCAAGCACUGCCAUAGCCAGUUUUGCAUUGCUUCAGAAAUGCAAAUGCUGUUAAAACACAUCUGUAUUCUGCAUUCACUCCAGGUACUGUGCUUUGAUUGUUUCAUCUCCUGGUGCUAACAACCGGUGAAAUGGCGAAGCCAUUCUCAAUAUAGUGUGUUAUACUGCCCUUCUUGACUCAAAGCAGUGAAAGCAUGCAUGAAUGGAUAGUCAAUGCAAUUUCACUGAGAAGCACAUUGGAGAGCUCAGUAUUUUGUAACACGCUUUAACGUUCGUGCAUUUAUUUCUGCUUGGGUUGAAGUUGUUUAACUUUAGCACUUAGGAGAAUAAUGUGUUCAUAUUUAACUGACUCAGGCUUUCAUUUUAUCUUCAGACGUAUUGUACACUUAUAGUUCUGUUUUGAAAUUGUUCAUUUCACUGUGUUAAUGGAUUUUAUUGCAGUGUAAUAAAGAAAACAAAAGAAAAUAAUGUCUUUCGUGCUCUUCACAUAUGAAUAAGCUGAACACCUGGCAAAAGGAGGGAAACGACUUUCGUAACUACGGGAAGAUCUUGUUGGCUCUGUGUGGCAUCUGGGCCUACAGAGUCACAAAGUACCUCUCGUAUACAAGCCAGGUGCUGUUUUAGUGAGCACACUUUCAUCUUGCUGAUUUCGUCAGUAACUUAAAACAACAACCAUUGCACCUUUCAGUGCCGUAGGUGCACAUUUCAAUUGAAUGUUCUAGUUCAGUGGUCCUGCUAAAGGUGGUGAGUUGUGCAGAUUGCAUCACCUAAUGUACAGUUCGCAUCAAAUGUUUACAGAUUGUGGGAUCUGAGAACACAUUGAAUUUCGGAGCUGCUUGUAACCAUGGCCACUAAGACUGCAACACUAUGUUGUUAGCUUAAACUAGUGCAGGAUGGAAAUAUGAGUACCAAGCCGCCAAAAUAUUCAGCUGUUUCUCCAAUUGUGUGCUUUGUACACAUUUAGCACCGACUGUACUAGGAGGGGUAAGAUGCAACGUUAAUAACAUAAACACAACAAUGUCAGUCGUCGCAGCAUCUGCAAAGUGUUGUCUUCAGCCAUUUCACUGCUUCAUUGUUUGCUUAAAUUGCUAUUCAGCAAAGGAGCAAAGAUACUCAUGCAUGUGCUGCACUUACAACUAAUGUGCUGGUAUUUCUCAUUGUUUAAGUCCUGAAAAAGUUCAGGCAUUCUUGUUUCUUCAUUGUGCAGGAGCCAUUCUGAGAUAACAAGCUGAAGCUUACAAAGUGACGGCGGGUCUAAUUUCAUAGAAGGCUUUGUCAUAUAUGGGACAACAAAGAAAUCUCAAAGGCCCUCGCAAAAGCUGAUGGCAAGCUACCGCCAUCACUGGAAACAAACAUUGCUGCAAUAUAUUGUAGCUAGGUAGGGCUGCGGUCGCAUGUGCACUGUAUAUGUCCUAGCCAUGAGAGUAAACUAUCUCCCAUACCUGGCUCAAUACUUAAGGCCACGAAUGAAUUUGAGUUCAUGGGAAGGUGGGACCGAGUGGUAAAAUUAAGCAAGCAGCUAAAUGGGAUGUGUGCAAAGUGUAUUGAAUGGCUUAGAAUGAAUAAAUGUGGGUGCGGUGUUAUGUAUUGUAUUUUUGGUGUUAAGUGUUGUGCAUUAAGUUAAGUUUAUCUUGCACUCUUCAAAAGUGAAGUGUGUAUGUGAGAGGUCUGGCUUCCUUAGGGAGAAUAUGUGAAGUCAUUUUUUUUUUUUUACUGUAACACUGAACUUAAAAAUAAUGCAGCAUUGUUUGGGGUUCACAAAGCGCUACCAGGUUCACUAAUGUGUUUGUGUGUGUGGCGUUAGUACAGUGAACUAGAAUUAAAGCAUGAAUACAUGUGGGUGAUGACAGCAGCAAGAUGAUGACGAUAGUUACAGUAAUUGCAUGAUUUCUACAAAUGAUUGAAUUCAUGUGAACAAGUGGCAUGGAGGAUCAAGAUGGGUAAGAAAUGCAGAAACUAAAUUGUCACUGACAGCAGCAUGUAGUAUCACUUGGAGGACACAAACGGGUGACUUCACAGCGAUACUGCAGCACAACCUGAAGGCCGUGUCCUUUUAUAGCCAUUCAGAUGAGUGGCAUGGUCGGUCUCGUCGCAAAGGCAGGGGUGUCUCCUUGGAGCAUGCCUUUGUAGCCGUGACAGGCAAACAGGAAAAUACCGGUAUGAGUAUGACUUCCAACGCCUGUAGAAUUUGCAGUGUAUUGCUAUCCGUUUUCGCAGUUCUGUACAUGGCAGUGUGCGCAUUUUCGAGUCUCGUGAUUGCGUGUAAUAACACGUAAGCGUUUGAUCGCCCCAUGCAUUUUUGCACCUGUCUUACGACACUAUGCAAUGCUGUAGCAAAUUUCACUGUGUAUUCCACUGUUAGAAGAGAAAAAAUUCGCUUAAGAAACGAUCGUGUGUUGACGGUUUCUGUGUUGUCAUCUGGGAUGACAGAUUUAUGACGUGGUGAUUCUAAACAAAAAUAAACAGGCUCGAAAGUUGGUA